AUGGGCAUCCCGUACAGCAGAGAGAUCAAUGCUGCCUUUGAGCAGGUGACUCCGUUGGUGGCAGCGGGUUUCGAGGUCCUUGAGACAACAAAGGACAUUGCGAUCCUGUUGGCUUGCAUUCAGGUCCUGACUGUCACUCUCCUGGCAUUCAUCCUCUUUGCUCUUCUGGCCCUGAUCAUCACCAUGAAUCCAGACUUGGAGAAAGAGAGAAGGGAGCUGGUGACGCCGUCUGUGGUUUGGUUGGCCAGCUGGGUAUACGCCUAUGGGAGACCCGCGAAAUGGUUGCUCAGAAUCGUCUUGCUAACGUCCUUUGUCGGGCUCUGUCUCUUCCUCUGGCAAGGGUCGCUGGCUGGUGUCAAGGCGCGGAAAGCUGAUGGCACAUCUGAAGAAACACCUGAGGGCCAACAGCAGAAAGUGGAAGAGGCGAAAGAGAAGAGCAAGGCGAAAGGGAAGCGUAAGGACACCGAUGAUGGGAAAUGA